CGUCCGAGUCGGUCACGGGGUUCACACGCGCUCUUCACGUGUCACGGAGUAGUCAGUCGGUCAGGUCGUAGUAGCGUUGUGUUCCGGCAGCCGAGAUGAACCUGGCGCAGCAGCACCACCACGGUGAUUACGACGCGUUCGCGUACGAUGACGGUUUCGCCGUGGCCCAGUGUUACGACGACGAGCACCCGUGGUACCCGUUCGUGACGGACCACAUCGACGGCGGCGCGAGCGAUUGCAGCAGCGCGUUUGGGGACGCGUUGCCGCUGGGCUCGAGCGAUUGUAGCAGUGCAUUCGGGGACGCUUUACCGCUCGGUUCGAGCAACUGCGGUUCCGCCGGGGCAACGGCGCACUCGGGCCUGGCCGAGGUCAGUGGACCGCGAGCGUAUGGCGGUCGCGUGGCCGACGCAGCGGGCAGGAAGCGUCGGAGGUUGGCGGCGAACGCUCGUGAAAGACGCCGCAUGAACAACCUGAACGAGGCGUUCGACCGGUUGCGCGGAGUGGUGCCGGCCACCGACGAUGAGCGCAAGCUGUCCAAGUUCGAGACGCUUCAGAUGGCCCAGACGUACAUCGAAGCCUUGCACGAGCUGCUCGGCCAUUCGCCGGUGGCCACCGAUGGCCGUGCGGCCCAGUGCUCCCAGCACUCCCAGCUGCUGCAGUAAGUCCCGUAUCGUUCGUAUCUCGUCUUGCGCACCAUCAUCUUGUACACGUGCACCACCGGACUGCAACGGUCGCCGGUCGGAAUCCAAACCCAACGUUCGAUUCAAACGCGAUAUCAAAGAGUAAACCCCGUCCCGUUCAAAGUCCCUGCCUCCUGUUCCUGUUCGAUUUCGUACCGAAAUACCAAAAUUAACAUUUUUAACGCGUUAUACGGCGUUAUUCGAAUUUAAAACUCUAAGUUAUCGACACUGUCCCCUACCGUCCUACCAUCCCAAUUGAAUCAAAACUCCGCGAACCGAUUGCUGUACCAUUUCGUUCGGUACCGUUAACAUAUGAUCAUUUAUUACGUUCGCGCGCGGGGAUUGUGAUUAAAACGAAAUCAUUCGAUGAUCCCGGUUUGCGCACGUUUUAAUAAUAACUCUGCUCUAAUAAUAGCUCUAAUAAUAGCUCUGCCUGUAGUGUAUUCGACUAAAAAACGAUCGAAAUCGGAAUGAUCCGCAUGCAACCGUAAUGAAUUUACAAAAGUCCGAGCCAAUGAUGUGAUGUGCAUUUCAAUUUGUGUCGAUCACAUAAAUCUGCGUAAAAAACUGAAAUUGUACAAAAUCAAAAAUUGUAUUGAAACUAAAUAUUGCGGAAUAAUAAGCAGGGGACCAAACUAU